CUGGCGCCCUUCCGUUCCGCUUCUCCAUUGAUCCGCUUUCGCUUCUUUCUGCAAGGCUCUCAGCUCAGCGCUGCCCCUCGCGGAGAGGCCGCGCGGCGCAGGCUCGGCUCGUGGUCACUCGCGGACCUUAUUCCGUGUCGCUUUCCCCUCCUUCCCGGCAUUCCUGCUUCCGCUUUCUCACGGCUCUUUGGUUUUUCCACCUCUAAGGCAUUUCGCGCCCAGGGGUUCGGUGACGUCAUCUGUCUGCGCUGCGCGGACACCCGCCCGUGGAAGAAGGAACAGCUCCGCCGCCCUUCGCCUCUUUUGUUGGGCUGCCGCUCCUCCGGAAUCAUGGCGCCGUCGCUAUGGAAGGGGCUGGUGGGCGUCGGCCUCUUUGCCCUAGCCCACGCGGCCUUUUCCGCUGCUCAGCAUCGUUCUUAUAUGCGAUUAACAGAAAAGGAAGAUGAAUCACUGCCAAUAGAUAUAGUUCUUCAGACACUUCUGGCCUUUGCAGUUACCUGUUAUGGUAUAGUUCAUAUUGCAGGGGAGUUUAAAGACAUGGAUGCCACUUCAGAACUAAAAAAUAAGACAUUUGACACAUUAAGGAAUCACCCAUCAUUUUAUGUAUUUAAUCAUCGUGGUCGAGUGCUGUUCCGGCCUUCGGAUACAACCAACUCUUCAAAUCAAGAUGCAUUGUCCUCUAAUACAUCAUUGAAGUUACGAAAACUUGAAUCACUGCGUCGUUAAGAUUUUUACAGAUUAUGAUAACAGGACAGGACACAGAGCUGGAAUAUUGGAGUUUGGGGUACAAACACUCCCCCCCCCCCAUCAUCAGUAUUUAUAUUAUAUUGAUUUUUAAGACCUAAUUAAAAAGAGUCUAUGGCCCUUGUUUGUACACUGUUAAUCAAAUCAUUAAUGGAGUAUAAGUUAUCUGUGAAAUGAGUCUUUGAGCUUUCAUAGAGAGAAUUCCUUUUUCCACUUAAAAGAAAUUCCUACCUUUUGUAAAAGUCACUGUUUUGAACACAUUUCUUUGAAAAAUGUUGAUGAUUUUGUAACUAUUUAUUUUCUUAGAUUUCUCUUCUUUUGCACUUGAGUUUUUGGGAUCCUUUUGGCAAUAAUGUGACUACUGCAUUUUGCAGCACGAAUGACAGUAGAAAGGUCUUUGGUUCUUAACAACAAAUGGACUUCUCUAAAGAGACCAAAAUGGUGACUUAGCAGUUUUUCUGACGCCCCCUAAACAGUGGCUCUGCUCCAGCAGAUACAUGCCAGUUUUUAAUUUCUCACGACCUCUCACCCCGCCCCACUCCCAUAUACCUUCCCACGUCAGCUGUCUUGUGCCAUCACUUCUCUGGGGUUCUGUGUGCAGUGAGCGAUUCUUGUGUCCGAAAUUCUUUGUCAUAAGUAGGUUUAACAAAUUCAACUUGCCGUAAAGCUACUUGUGUUCUCUUCAUUUAUCUGUCAGAAAUUUCCCUAACCGAUUAUGUACUUUCAGGAUAGCUGCAGAUAAACCAAAAAGACCACUCAUGGUUUCAUUAAUUAUCCUGUCUGCAGAAGAAUAGUAAUCACAGAAGAAGAAGUGAAUUAGUAAAACUAAAGGAAAGUUCUCAUCAGAGGUCAACUUCCAAGGCCUCGGGACAAAUGUGUUUUAAAUAUUUGGAACUAAUACCUUUAAUUAAAAACAAGGUCAUUUAAGAAAUUGUUUUAUGGCUUCGGAUUUAUAGCAGGCUUAGAGUUUUCCAUCUUCAUUGUGUGCUGCUGAAGGUAAGGAUGAGGGUACAGAGGAGACUUUGUUUUUUUUUUUUUUUUGUUUAGAAACCGUAAUUUUAGGUUCAGGGAAAUUUGGCUAGCUCUUUGAUCUGCAGGGAGCGUCCCAUUCUUUUGUAGAGAAGGUUGCUUUUGUUGAACUGUGCAGGUAGGAAAACAUUGCUUUUGUUGAAUUGUAUAGGUGCAAAGGGAAUAACUGUGCAGAUUUGAAAAGGAAAUAUGCUUUAGGCAAGAGUCGUAAGGUGCCCUUAUGCCUGGUGGCGUUUUUCCCAUUAGAAAUGAACCUCAGCUCUUCUAUUCUGCCUGGUAACACACAGCCCCAAAGCACGAGAUUAUUUCGUCGUUGAGUUUUUAAUUGUCGUUUAGUUUUGUUUUGCCAAGCCAGUCUGUCUGUGGAACACUGACUCUGCUCUCUAAGGAGAACAAAGUUAGAAAUCUGCUGAUAGCCUAGAAUAAUUUAGAAAUGAAUGAACAGUGGAAUUCAGGGGUUAAUGUGGUUAUCAUGUAAAUCAAAAUAGUGCGUGAGAAGGCAGCUCCUUACAUCAGGCUUGUCUACCAUUUCCUCAGGUAUGACUUGACUUGCAAGAGCCUCUUUUCUGCUUUUUGGGGGCUGUCUUCCUUUUUUAAUAUUCACAUACCUUCGAUGCUGCCAUUUAAAGGGUAUAGUUCAGUGGUUUUGUAAUAUAUUCACAGAGUUGUAUGACCACCACCACAGUGAGUUGUAGAACAUUUCUGUCACCCCCAAAAGAAACCCUGUACCCUUUGGCAGGCACCUCUCAUACUCCACCCCACCUCCCAGUGCCUCCCAGCCCCGGGCAACCACUAAUCUGCUUUCUGCCUCUAUAGAUUUGCCUAUUCUGGUCAUUUAAUACGAGUGGAUUCGUACAGUGUCUGGUCUUUUAGUGACCGGCUUCUCGAGUGUAGUUUUGUUGCACGUGGAGUGAGCGCGUCUCCUCCCGAGAACUGUGAUUUCUGUGGAAGGAAGUGGUUGGUGAAAUCAGUGGAUGUGACUAGGGAGGGCCAGACACUUACUUGUUUUCUAGUCAGUUUUAGGCUGAAUAGUUUUUCCUCGUAAUCAGUCACUCAUGAUAUACUACUAUUUACAAGAUUUUGGCUAGGCUCUAGAAUGGAUAUUGAAAUCUUUGCCUGCCCAGUCAGGAAAGUCCAAGUAAAAAUCAUGCCAAAUAUUUUGGCAGAUAAUUGACAUAGUUUUCAGGUGCGUCUAACUUUGUGAGCAGGUGUGUAUACCUCAAGCCAGAUGAGCUUCCCAAAUUUCUUCUUUACUUUCCUCCCAUGAAUUUCUGUUUCUGUUUUCAAGUAUGUACCAUAGGACUACAGCUGAUUUGGAUGCAUCGUAACAGUGCUAAAUGAGUUAAAUUCAGAAUUUUAUUUAUAAUACUUUGAGACCGUCCAUGACUACCUAGGGUAGUCCAAAAAUGUAGUGAUGUGAGCUAGUUAAGCCUGCAGGUGACUGCCAGUUUUAGAGACAUUCAGAAGCGUGUACUCAAUAUUGAAGGCUCGCUAGAAUAUAGCAAGACACUUCUUAAUAACCAGGGAACCAGCCAAAUGCUAUCGGCUAAUGUCCCAGCCACAGACAAUGCAGAUCGGCGGAUUAGAGACCAUGAUGCUCUGCUAACUCCCUAAUGAUUGUUUCCUAAGCACUGUGGCUUAUUUUUGAGUGACAUGACAGCAUCUUCCUGGUUGUAUGUGGCCUGUUUCCAUGAUGUAUUGAGUAGUGUUGUUUGUUGUGAACAUCAAUGCCUGUAACACCAAGCUAAACACCUUCUUUUGGAUAUGUUUCCUCUCUUUAAAUGACCUUGCCCUGUCCAAUAAAUAAAUGAUUGUCUCACCCUG